AUGCUGUGGCAGCUAAUAAAGCCGGAAGGCAGCGAGGGGUGUAGUCUGUCAGAUCCCUCCGCACAAUGGGCACAGCCCCGGUACCAGCACCGCUCUUCAACACAGCGGCGUGUGAACGUGUGGAGCAGGCUGGAGACUGCAGGCUCCAGACUGCAGGCUCCAGACUGCAAGCUCCAGACUGCAGGCUCCAGACUGCAGGGCUCCAGACUGCAGGCUCCAGACUGCAAGCUCCAGACUGCAGGCUCCAGACUGCAGGGCUCCAGACUGCAGGCUCCAGACUGCAGGGCUCCAGCCUGCAGGGCUCCAGACUGCACGCUGGGCUGGAGCCACUGA